UUUAAAAUGCGGUCACUUACCUAAAAGAAUGUUCUUUCCACCCUCUCCUCCAUUAUUUCCUUCACUCUCCUCUCCUUCCCUUCCAUAGAAAAUCCCCUCAACAAAACCGAACCUUCUCCACCUUAACUAACGGAGAUGGCGUCACCGUUACCGGUGGAGCAAAACAGCGGGGAAACUCCACCAUCCCCACUAGCAGCAGCAGCUGGAGGAGAAACAUCAAGAUCAAUACCAACACCAUUUCUGACAAAAACAUUUAAAAUAGUAGAUGAUCACACCAUUGACGAUGUGAUUUCAUGGAAUGAAGAUGGUUCCUCUUUUGUAGUCUGGAAUCCAACCCUUUUCUCCAGAGAUUUGCUCCCUAAAUUCUUUAAGCACAACAAUUUCUCUAGCUUCGUUCGCCAAUUAAAUACUUAUGGAUUUAGGAAGGUAGUACCGGAUCGAUGGGAGUUUUCGAAUGAAUGUUUUCGCAAAGGAGAAAAGAAUUUGCUGUGUGAAAUACAAAGGAGGAAACUGGUGGCGACGGUGGCGCAAGUGGUGGCAGCACCGGCGGCGGUGAAAGUGAUAAAAACGUCGUCGAAUUCUUCAUCGGAUGAGCAAGUAGUGAUAUCGACGAGGAGUUCUUCGCCGGGGUUGUCAUUGGAGUUGUUGGAUGAGAAUGAGAGGUUGAGGAAGGAGAAUGUGCGGUUAAAAGGGGAGUUGACGGAGAUGAAGAGUUUGUGUGGUAAUAUUUUUAGUUUGGUGUCGGAUUUUGAGAGUUUGCGAGAGGAGGAGGAGGAGGAGGUGAGGAAGGUGUUGGAUUUGUUGCCGAUGAAGGAGGAAGUGGGGGAUGGAGCGAGGAUUUUUGGGGUGGAGGUUGGUGUGAAAAGAGGGAGGGAAUUAAGUGGGGAUAUGGAGGUGGAGGAGGAUGGGAUGCAAUUGCGGUUGCGGCAACCGGGUGGCGGCAGUAGUGAUGGGGUGAAGAUUGAGGUGAAUGGUAGUCGAAAUGGAGAUAGAUAGUAACGGCGGCACGGUGGCGAUGGUGAAGAUGCACCGCAUCAUGAAUUGAACAAUGAAUGCCACAAGGUCUAGUAAUCAAAGAUCUAAUGAGGCCACGUCUCUCUCCACGCCAUUCAAACUGCGUUCUGCCUGAAAAAACAUCUUUUUACAACACAGCAUUACUGUGUAGAUAAACAGACACUCAGUAGAACAGUUACAAGUUAUUAAACCCGAAAUGCGUCCAAGCGGCGCAAUCCGAUUGUUGUAAUAUUACCAUGGGAUAGCCAUAAGCACACCCAAGAAGCGGCUUAUUAUUUAUAUGGGACACUAAUGUAUGUAUUAGAUGGAGAUGGAGAUGAUCCAAGGCAAAAUGGAACUGAACAUGUUUUCUUCCA